AUGAUCGAAGUUCACUCCUCGGAUGAUGUGGGCUGUAAUUACACAGAAGAACAGUAUGAACAGAAGUGGGUUGAAUUGGUUAAUGGAUACUUAAAGCAAAUAUCAAAUGCAUUUGGAUUCAAAGAAGUUACACAAGCCUGUGAUUAUAUAUGGCUAGAGGACUUAGAGGGAUUGUUGGACUCCAAGAAAGUAGUUGCGGUAGGAGAAUGUGGGUUAGAUAUAACUGGCAGACCAUCGUCAAAAGAUUUUGAAAAACAAAAAGAUAUCCUGGGAAAGCAGGCAAAAAUUGCACAACAGAAAAGAUUACCUGUGGUCAUACAUUGUCGGGGAAACUAUGAUACAUCCAACGAAUGCUUAAGAUGUCUCACAGACAACUUACCUGCAGACCACCAUAUCCACAGACACUGCUUCAAUGGAUCGUAUGCGGAAUAUAUCAAAUGGAAAAUUGCAUUUCCAGAGGUAAAAUUUGGAAUAUCCCCUUUCCUACUCAAUGAGAUUAAAUACCCCCAAUUUAGGGUAUUAGUAUGCAAGAUGGAACUAAGGGACCUGCUAUUGGAAACAGACGCACCAUACCUACCAGGAGCUGAUGGAAGUACUGGUUCUCCAUUGUUGGUGAAAGAUUUGGCUGAAAAGAUAGCCAACCCCCACAAUGUCUCCACAGAGGAGGUGGCCAGGAUAACAACAGAUAAUGCCAAGAAGUUAUACAAAAUAAAAGAACUGUAG